AUGCUAACGACGUUUAACAUAAUUUGGAAAAAGGAGGAGAGCGAAAGCGUUAAGAAUGAAAGGGGGUGCAAAAUUUUGAGCGAGGCGUCCACAGGGAACCCACAGAGUGACAUCCCAUCGCCCACCUCAGAAUUUGACCAACUGGUGCACGACGUGGAGGACCUGUUAUUAGAACAGCAAAUUAAAGAAACGGAAAAAUUAUACAAAGAAUCGAAAUGUCCAAAUGAAAAGUUUAACAAAAAAAAUAAAUUAAGUAUUACAGAUUUAUCAGCCCAGCUGUGGUGCGAACAACAAUUGGAGUUAGUUUUAACAACAGGGAAAAAAAGAGAAACAGAAGCAAUGCGAUUAGGUAUAGAAAGACAUGAAGUGUUAGAGAAAGCAGAUCAUCUGAUAAUUGAUGUGGAAGUGGAUACGAAAGAAGAGUCUUUAGGAUACCGUCUACUGAACACCAUUAUCUUAUUGGAACAAUUAUAUGAAAUGAAGAAGGCAAGAGAAGUGUGGGUUUUUGGGGUCAUUAGAGGAUACGUAUUAAGAGGUAUAAUUGACGAGCUAAGAAUUGAAUAUGAUAAUGUUACCAGGAGGGAAUAUUUGAUAAUAUCUGAUACAAAAACCAGGAAGGAAAAAAGGGAGCCAAGUCUUGCUCAGAAGAGGACGUCCGCUAUACAAGUACAAACAUAUUGCCUACUGCUACAACAUUUAAGGCAUGGAAGAGCUGACUUUAAAAAGAUGUUUGAAAUAUACGAAUGCGAUCCUAAGUUUGAAUUUACCGCUAGUGAUUUGGUAAAAUAUAAAAAUUUAGAAAAUUUAGCCAAAGUAGUAAAUUGUCUUUUUCUCAGACUUCCAAAAAUUAAAGAAGAAAUGGAAAUUGUGUACGAGCAUGAAGGGGUUGAGUUUGCUAGAAAUAGCAUCCCUUAUUUUUACCACUCCACUUUGUAUACUGUGAACUUUUUGUUGGACUACUGGGACGGCAAGCGGUGUAGCGACGUGGUGGAUAACUCCGACAAGUGGAAGUGCAAGUUUUGUGACUUCGUCAAGAAUUGCGUCAGGUGCCCCCUGGAUGCCUAA